AUGCGACAAAUCAUCGAAGCAGAAGAGGAGGAGCAGAGUGUUCUAGGUUCCGACGCCGUUACCCCCGACGACAACGUGGAUCUCUUGCUCAACGACUUCGCUGCCAUCGACCUCGAGGACGUCACUCCGUCGCCUGUUCAGAUCUUCAGACUUUGGCAGGUCUUUUUGGAGCGGGUCAACCCAAUCACCAAGCUCAUUCACGUCCCCAGUCUGCAGCCUUUAGUAGUCGAAGCUGCAGCAAACCACUCUAAUGUCGCCAACAACGCUCAGGCAUUGUUAUUUUCCAUCUACCUGGUUGCGACUCUUACCAUGACGGAAGCCGAAGCUAGGCAGAUGCUCGACUCUUCCAAGGAGGAUGCGCUGAAGAAGUUCACCGCGGGUGUCAAGGCAGCGCUGACCAAGGUCAACUUCCUCAAGAACCACGACAUGAUGACUCUGCAGUCUCUUAUCCUCUACCUGGUCUCUCUCCAAGGCCGCUACAACCGUCAUGCCGCCUGGGUGCUGAGCGGUGUAUUAAUAAGAAUUGCGCAAAAGAUGGGUCUGCACCGUGAUGGAGACUCGCUCAACCUGACCCCGUACGAAACCGAAAUGCGACGAAGGCUUUGGUGGCAGAUCAUCAUGCUGGACACCAAAUAUGCGAUGGUUUCUGGAUUCUGCGACACGCUUCUGCCGUGGAACUGGGACACGAAAACGCCGCAAAACGUGAACGACGCCGAUCUUUUCCCCGGCUCGACGGAGCCCGUCCAGCCCCGAGAGGGCCCGACUGAGAUGGCUUUCUGCUUGCUCCUGUACGAGGUUGGCCGAUUCAUCGUCGAGAACCGAAUUCCCGACUUCGAGGCAGUCGUGCUAGGCGCCAUGGAGAACGAGUCCCCCGAGUCUCAGGCGACCAACCUUGCGACGUUGGCCAAGUACCGCACACUUGUCGACAAUCUCGAUUCGAAGCUUAUUGCCCUCGAGAAGAAGUACUGCGAUCCUUUGGCAGGCAACAUUCACAUUGUGGCAACCAAGAUUCGGUCUAUGAUCAUUGACAAGAUGCGAACGAUGAUGAUUCCGAUGCGCGAACUGCCGGAAUGGGGCACUGAGAUCUUCAAUGUGCAAGAUAACAUGUUCAGGAUAUCCCUGAUGCACCACGAGCACAACGUUGAGCUUUACGAGUUUAUGGAGAACACUGGGUUCGUGUGGUUUUUCAAGCUGCACUUUCAAAUUGACGUGUUCAUUGUCAUGGCCGGACAGCUCUACAAGCGACCGACGGGCAGACUUGCAGACCGCGCUUGGAAGGUCAUUGACAGGGUAUACCAGUUCCAUGAGGAGCUGUGGGACAUGUCAAGGAAGGAGAACGUACAAUUGGGCAUCUACAUGCUCAAGGCGUGGAGAGCACGAGAGAGAUCCUUGGUGCAGCUUGGCAUGCCCUACGAGACACCGCUGGCAGUACCCCGACUGCAGGACAUCGUACCGCAGUCGAACUCGGAGGUAUCAUCAGCCGGACCCUCCCCCGCCCAGCCGAUGAAGAUGGAGGUUCCUCCACGACAAGACCAGCCCAUGGACCAAUAUCUGGGCAACUUCCUCGAUACGACAAAUUUCUACGAUCUAGACAUGUGGGCGGACCUGGGUGUUCCCAACGGCAACAUGAACCAGCAGUCCGCAGCGAACAUGUUUGGGACAUUUGGCAACUUUGGUGCACCACCGACGGGUAGAUGGUAA